UCUAUUACAUUUAUUGAGAAUUAUGUAAUUAAGAUGGAUGAGGAAGCAGCAGGAGGAAGUAACGAGGAAGUAGCAGCUGGAGCAGGUAGCGAGGAGCCUGUCCAAUAUGCUGAAGUCUACUUUGAGUAUCACGGACCUUCCGAGGGAGGGGUGGAAGUGAAAACAGAACAAUCAGAGACCAAACCAGCGGAGCAGGAAGUGAUGGAAGUUGAGGAGAUAGAACAACAGACGAUAACAGACUGUGUCCCCCAGGCCCACGUCAUCGAGCAAAUAGUCUCCACAACCAGCACUCCAGAACCCAUGUCAGAUGCCACUCCGCCUUCCACUGACACUGACAUUGUCACUGAACCUCCUGAUCCUGAUUCGGAGCCUAGUAAUGGUGAUAAGUUCCAAUCAGCUGCUCCUACUUCAUACAACACUGCUCCCACAGAGUACACGUCCCCUCACGCCGGCCUGUUUGAAGGAGAUAACACUCCUCUCAAUGCUCCUGUUAAGGAGUUGAAGGAGAAGUGGAAACUUCUCCCUGCUUUCCUUCAGGUGAAAGGGAUGGUCAAGCAGCACAUUGAUUCGUUCAAUCAUUUUAUUAACCUGGAUAUAAAGAAGAUAGUACAAGCCAACAGAAAGAUAGUGUGUGAGGCAGAUCCUAACUUUUAUCUGCUGUAUAAAGAUAUUUAUAUUGGUACGCCAGAUGUAGAGGAGAGUUUUAAUCUCACAAGAAAGAUCACACCUCACGAAUGCCGACUCAGAGAUCUGACUUAUUCAGCCCCCAUCACUGUAGACAUUGAGUAUACUAGGGGGACUCAGCGCGUUAUAAAGCGCAAUCUACCGAUUGGCCGCAUGCCAAUCAUGUUACGCAGUUCAAACUGUAUCUUGACGGGGAAAAGUCACGCAGAACUCGCUAAGCUUAACGAGUGUCCUCUUGAUCCUGGGGGCUAUUUCAUCGUCAACGGGACAGAGAAGGUGUUACUGAUCCAAGAGCAGUUGAGUAAAAACAGAGUGUUCGUUGAGAAAGACAAGAAGGGAGAAGUUAGCUGCAAUGUACAGAGCAGUACCCACGAACGUAAAACUAAAACUAAUCUACUCUUCAACAAAGGCAAAAUAUAUCUUAAAUUCAGCAGUUUAACUGACAAUGUUCCUGUGGUGAUUAUCUUUAAAGCUAUGGGACUGGAAUCGGAUCAAGCAGUAGUACAACUUAUCGGAGUAGAGGACAACAUCAUCACACAGUUUACAGCAAGUCUGGCAGAACCAAAACAACUGGGAGUAUACACACAGAAACAAGCGCUAGAGUACAUCGGCAAGAAGUCUCGGACCCGCAAAAUGGACUUAAAGCACAAACGGACUCCUAUUGAAGAGGCUCGUGAGUUGCUGGCCCACGUUAUCUUGAAUCACGUGCCUGUGGAGAAGUAUGACUUCCAUCUGAAGUGUUGUUAUCUAGCCCUCAUGGUUAGAAGAAUGAUCCAGGCUGUUGACGAUGACACAUUCCUUGAUAACAGGGAUUAUUGCGGUAACAAAAGGUUAGAGCUGGCAGGCGGACUUCUGUCCCUUCUUUUCGAGGAUCUGUUUAUCAGGUUCAACACUGAACUCCAACAAAUGGCAAACAGGAUCAUCCCAAAACCUAGAACACAGCAAUUCGAUAUUGUCAACCAUGUCAGACAAGAUCAGAUUUCUAUGGGUUUAGUUGCCUCAAUUUCAUCAGGUAAUUGGACUAUAAAGAGAUUUAAAAUGGACAGAUCUGGAAUAUCUGCAGUGUUAACCAGAUUAUCCUACAUAUCAGCUCUAGGAUCCUUAACUAAAAUACAAUCCCAGUUUGAAAAAACUAGGAAGGUCAGUGGACCAAGAUCUCUCCAGCCCUCACAGUGGGGAAUGUUGUGUCCCAGUGAUACACCCGAAGGAGAAGUUUGUGGAUUGGUAAAAAACUUGGCUCUAAUGACUCACAUUACGACUGAUCAGGAUGAAGAGUCGCUCAAUAGGCUGUGCUAUAAUCUCGGAUGUAUAAAAGUUAAAAUGUUGAACGGAGAGGAAUUUAGUGACCCGCUUUACUAUACUGUUUUCUUAAAUGGAAACCUAUUGGGCGUCACCCGCCACUACACAAGGAUGGUCAAUUUAUUUAGGUGCCUGAGAAGAAACGGUCGAAUCAGCGAGUUUGUGUCAGUUUCAACAAGCGAGAAGAGGAGGACAAUAAACAUUAGCAGCGACGGUGGACGGGUCUGCAGACCUUACAUCAUUGUGGACGGUGGCUCACCUCGCGUGAAACAACAUCACAUUCAACAGUUGCUCGACGGUCUCAGAAACUUCGAGGAUUUCUUGAAAGAUGGACUUGUUGAGUAUCUGGAUGUAAACGAGGAGAAUGACUCCAACAUAGCACUCAAUGAAUCACACAUAGACAUUUAUUCCACGCAUCUGGAAAUAGAACCGUUCACUUUACUCAGUGCGUGUGCUGGACUGAUUCCGUACCCUCAUCAUAACCAAUCACCUCGUAACACUUACCAGUGUGCUAUGGGUAAACAAGCGAUGGGCGUCAUCGGCUACAACCAACAGAACCGCAUCGACACUCUUAUGUACAAUAUUGUAUACCCUCAGAUUCCAAUGGUGCGAACCAGGACUAUAGAUCUGAUACAGUUUGAUAAACUUCCAGCGGGUCAGAACGCUGUUAUCGCUGUUAUGUCGUACAGUGGUUACGACAUCGAGGAUGCUAUCGUCAUCAACAAAGCUUCUAUAGAUAGAGGGUACGGUCGGUGUUUGGUGUAUACGAAGGCGCAGACUAACCUGAAGAAGUAUCCAAAUCAGACGUUUGAUAGGGUGGAUGGUCCUUCACGAGACCCAACUACCGGGGAAGUCAUAGAAAAACACAAGAGUUUGAGUGAGGAUGGUAUCAUAGAGCCAGGACUACUGGUCAAGAACAGGACAGUAAUAGUGAACAAGAGAGUGCCGGUAGCGACAAUGGACACCACAGCAUACGAGGAGGUCCAGUUCACGGACCAGCCACUAACUCACCGCCAAAACGUGGAGUGUUACGCUGAACGAGUAAUGAUGACCUCCACGCUAUCCGACGCCUAUCUGAUAAAAGUUCUGUUGAGGCAGACUAGACGACCCGAGAUUGGGGACAAGUUUAGUAGUCGGCACGGACAGAAGGGAGUUACAGGACUCAUAGUCAAUCAGGAAGACAUGCCCUUCUGUGAUACUGGCAUCUGUCCGGACAUGAUCAUGAACCCUCACGGGUUCCCUUCUCGUAUGACAGUCGGGAAACUGAUCGAGUUGGUGGGAGGAAAACGGGGAGUUCUGAAAGGACACUUUGGGUAUGGUACAGCGUUUGGUGGCGACAAAGUUAAGGACAUAUGUGAGGAUUUGGUGACUUGUGGAUACAAUUACGGAGGUAAAGAAUUUGUCACUUCUGGCAUCACAGGCGAGCCUCUUCAGGCUUAUAUAUUCUUCGGGCCGACUUACUACCAGAAACUAAAACACAUGGUGAAAGACAAAAUGCAUGCCCGUGCUAUGGGACCCAUGACAACACUGACGCACCAGCCGACUGAAGGUCGGAGUAAAGACGGAGGAUUGAGGUUGGGAGAGAUGGAGCGAGAUUGCCUGAUCUCAUACGGUAGCUCCAUGUUGUUGUUAGAGAGACUUAUGAUCAGUUCAGAUCAGUUUGAGGUUGAGGUUUGUACACAAUGUGGGUUGCUAGGGUACACUGGGUAUUGUCAAUACUGCUCCUCCUCCUGCAAUAUUAGUAACGUUCAAAUGCCGUACGGGUGUAAACUGUUGAUUCAGGAACUUCAGAGCAUGAAUAUUGUUCCGAGGUUAAAGUUAAAGGGGAGAUAUGAGAUCUGAUCAUUUUAAAUUUGUUUUAGGUCUUGAAACUUUAAAAUGUUGUACAUUUUCUAGUGCACAGCGAUCCACAUGGCCCAGGUGGCUUUUUAAUGGUUAACUUAUUCUUUUUAAUUAUUAACUUAUUAACUAUCGCAUCUCUACCAUGCAAGUCUCAACAUGCUAUUCAUUAUUUCAUCAGAAAAAAAGAUUAUUUGUGUGAACUGUGAAGUAUAUAACGGGGUAAAUUAUGUAUUUUUCAUAAUUGUAUUUUAAGAAACAAUUUCUGUCAAACUGUUAUUUAUUUGCUUUUUAGAUAACCAAAA